AUGAAUAUCUCCGAAGCUCCCAUCUUUCCCGUUCUCAGUGGCAAGGUAGCCAUUAUCACGGGUGGCUCCCAGGGCAUGGGAAAGGCGACUGCUUCGGUAUUUCUUCGUGCAGGCGCCAAAGUGGUCAUUGCCGAUCUCAAGACUGAGCAAGGAGAGGAGCUCGUUCGGCAGCUUUCUACCCUCCAUGAAGGAGCGAUUCGCUUUGUCAAAACAGACAUCUCCAAAUCGGAGGAUGUCCAAAAUCUUAUUGAACAAACGAUCAAUGCAUUCGGUAGACUUGAUGUAGCCAUCAACAAUGCUGCUAUGUCACCUGAUCAAACUCCUUUGAUUGAAUCCGAUGAGUCUUAUUGGCGCAAGCUAGUAGACGUCAAUCUCACCGGCACUGCUCUCUGCUGCAAGUAUGAAUUGCAGCAGUUCAAAAAACAGGGGUCCAAGGGGUCAAUAGUGAACAUUGCUUCAAUCAACGCCUUUAUGCCUCAGCCGAACAUGCCCGCCUAUACUGCUACAAAGCACGCACUUCUCGGGUUGACCAAGCAUGCUGCAACUGAAGGUGGUCCUUUAGGAGUCAGAGUCAAUGCUAUCGCCCCUGGUGCUAUUUUCAGUGACAUGUCUGCCAAGGCAUUGGAGAUUAUGGGUACCAAUCAUGACGAAUUUGCGCCCAAAGUUAGCAGCUUGAACAGAUUUGGACAGGCUCACGAAGUGGCACAUGGAUCUCUUUGGCUAGCCUCAGAUAGUUCAUCGUACGUCAAUGGCAUUUGUCUACCCAUUGAUGGUGGAUUUCUGUCCAAGUGGUAG